AAGAAACUAUAACUAAUAAUUCCUCUAAACACAAUACCAUUUUCACUUAUUUUUUCAUCAAUAUUAAAAAAAAAAUAAAAACAUAUUUUCAACAAUAUUGAAUCAAUAACCACCCUAAAUAUUAUUACUUAGAAAAAUAAAUAAAAAGACGUCAUCAAUUAAGUUACGAAUCUAGAAAACAAAAAUCGUCAAGAUUUUAAUAAAAAAAAAAUGUCAAGAUUUUAUUUUAUUUUCUUUUUAACUUUUUCUGAUAUUAUGACUAAUUUAAAAUUAAAAGCCUAAGUCCCAAACCGAAACACGUCAUUCCCAUAUAUAUAUAUAAGAACACCUCGAACCAGAAAGAAACUCUGCAUAUAUAUCCACUCCCUCACCCCCGAAAAAACGACGACCGGCCGGCCAUCAUCUAUGUCGUCCUCCGGCAGAGUAACACCGAGGAUUCUAAACGACGACGAUGAUCACCACAGGGCAUGGUAUCGUCCCCACAAUAACAGCUACGAUUUCAGCAGCAAGAUCAUGCUUACAGCCAUAAUCUCUCUCUCAAUCGUAGUCAUCUUCGUUCUCUUCCUUCACCUCUACGCUCGCUACGUUCUCCGCCGCCAAGCCCAGCGCCGCCGCCAAGCGCUGCAUCAUCUAGGCUUGAGCAUGACCGAAGCCCGUUCCGCAGCCGAGCCGCAACAACCAAAAACAGGGCUCGAACCCUCUGUCAUCGCGUCUUUGCCAGUAUUCACUUUCAACAACGGUUCAGAACAAGAGAGAAGUAGUCUUAGUAAUAAUAAUGAGUGCGCAGUUUGUCUAAGCAACUUGGAAGAAGGUGAAAUGGCUAGGCUACUUCCCAACUGUAACCACACUUUUCACGCCGAGUGUAUAGACAAGUGGCUGAGCUCCCAGUCGACCUGUCCGAUUUGCCGAACCGAAGCAGAGCCGAGGCCAAGGCCAGAGCCGGAGCCGAGGGAGAGCGUGGCUGCGCCACCUACGGCUCCGCCUCUUGAGCGGUUGGGUUCAAUGUCUUCGUGCAUUAAUGUGGAAGGCACCACAUCUGAGUCUGCUAAGAUAAGUAAUAAUGGCAGUUCGAGCAGGUUUUCUUUUCGAAGAAUGCUUAGUAGGGAUAGAUCAUCUCAAAGAAUUCAGCCUAAUUGUGUUCAAGAAGAUCAUGUUAUACUUCAUGAUGACCUUGAACGACAGUGAUCAUGAUCAUUUGAUGAUUAAUUAAUUUCAUUUUUGUUUACAAAUUAAUUAAUAAGGUAAACUAUAUAUUAAACUCUGUUUUUUAUAUAUAUACUAAAUUUCUUUUUUCAUAAUGUUACAGAAGAUGUUAUACAGUUACAAAUUUUGGGAAAUAUAUAUAUGGUUAUACGUGUGAGUAAUUCUUCC